AUGGAGGUAAACACCAAGGUAACCAAGUCCAUGUUGGUUGGAUUCAAAUCUCAUCCAGGAUUACAACUCUUCCUCUCUAUUCUCUUCUCAACAAUGUAUGUUGUCACUGUGGUAGGAAAUGCCUGCAUGAUCCUCAUCAUUAGAAUGGACUCCAGACUGCACACUCUGACAUACUUUUUCCUUGAGAACUUGUACAUCUGUUCUUCUUCUGUCAUCACUCUCAAAGCAGCACUGACAUUCUCACUGAGCAGAAGAAUCAUCUCUUACAAUGGCUGUGCAUCUCAAAUGUUGUCUCUCUUUGGUACAAUGGAAGACUUCUUCCUUGCUGUGGUGGCUUAUGGUCGCUUCACUGCCAUCUGCAAUCGACUGCUGUACCAAAUCAUUAUGAAUAAAAGACUUUGUGUUUUCAUGGUGGUGGGUGCUUAUCUGUCAGACUGCAUCAAUUGCACCAUCCGGACAGGUUUUACAUUCAGGUUGUCCUUUUGUGGGCCAAAAAAAAUAAACCACUUCUGUGAUGUUCCUGCAGUGAUGAUUUUUGAAACACACUUGUCAAUGAAACAGGGCACUGCCUUAGUGGUUUUUAUCUCCUACAGUUAUAUAAUCAAUAUUGUCCAAAUGCCUUCAUCUGAGAGCAUGCACAAGGCUUUCUCCACUUGCUCUUCUCAUAUGCUGGCGGUGAACUUGUUAUUUGGCACAUCUUCACCUGACAAAAAGAACAUUAUCUCUGUUCUCUAUACUAUUGUUAUUUCCAUGCUAAACCCUUUCAUCUACACCCUCCGAAACAAGAAGGCAAAAGGUUCUCUGAAAAAGCAGUUAAAAAGGACAGGCUUUUUUAAGUACCUUUACAAAAGAUACGAAUGA